AUGUCCAUCGCUCCCGUUCGACACGUCCUAGUCUUCUUCAUCGUGGCGGCCUUGUACAAAGAGGCCCAAGCGACAUGCUUCGAUGACCCCACGGCUGAUGCAUGUAAGGAUUCUUCAAGCUUCUACAACGACACCGCGAUCAACACGGAUAUGCAAUCGCUCUGCACCGCGAUGAGCUACAUGACUGGAUGCAACAUCAUGAAUGACUGCAACUCCAAAAAGCUGACGGGCGUGUAUUGCCAACCAUGGAGUCUGAUAUCCGAUGUAUGCGAUACUUCCACCGGGGAGACGAUGAGUAUGAUGAAGGGAUGCCAAGCAAACUACAACCUGCUCUGCAAGACGGGAACCAAGGUAACAGGCUGCGGCACUCCUGUGCCAGGGAUGAUUCCAACCAAAACCUUGACUCAGAGAGUGUACGACUAUUGUCAGAUUCAGGACCCGAAGCCUUCAGGCUGCAAUGGCUGCGCAGCCAACGGGAUGGGGUGCGUCAAUCCCUUGACGACGCUGAGCGAGAUGUGCAAGAAGGAUGCCAAGGAACAAUACUGCAAUGAAUUGACCAAGUUCUGCGCUCUUCACGCUAAGGACACCUCGAGCACGAGCGUGUUUGGAGUCUACUGCAACUUCGCGACUCGGGCGAGCAUGAGUUAUGUGCUGACUGUGGUCAUGGUGUUUGCUGGCUCCUGGCAUGCGAGCCAACUCUCCUGGUAG